UUUCAUUCCAUUUGGAUGCCCAAUUUCCUACCCCUUAGUUUGUUGAUCUUCUCUCUGCCACCGCGUAUUCGUAUAUUGAUCGCCCCCCCCUUUGAUUCAACAUAUUAAGACUCUUGGCAAUCAGCUUUUCGAACCAGUGCCCCACGCGCUCCGCUUUUGACUACGAAGAAGCAUAUGCUAACGCAAACACUAACUCCCUCCUGAAACUCCUGACCAAAAUCCUUUUCUUAUCUCUGCCUGAUUCCUCUUCCUUCUUUGUUGAGUGGCUUGUCCGAUCGCUAUAAAGAGCGCGUUUCCCGCGUCAAGCAUCCCCCAAACCUCAUUUCCUUAUAUCCAUACCAAACAUCGGUUACGUCAGCUGGGUCGACACCAAUAGACAACGCCAUGGCGUACAAUCAAUCUUACAAUCCAGAUGCGUUGCCAGCACAUGCAGAGCCCGAACAGGUAGCUCAGAUGAUCGGUGCCAUGCAAACCGGCCCUCAGCAUCAUCACCAUCAGAGUAAACCAUCUCGACCAUCCCCGAACCCCUCUUCUAGUGGGGUCCCACCUCGAGUUCCCGUCACGAGUGCGCACAUGAACAAGCCAUUACCCGCACCAGCAGCAAACCAACACCGGACUCAUCCACUGCACCCAUCACCACCUCCACAGAACUAUGGGUUUGGGCCACCCCCUUCCCAGCCUGUGCGCAAUCGGCCCCAGCCCUCAUCUCGGCCCCCACGGUCUCCAAACCCGCCUCCGUUGGCUGUCCCUGAUGACGAUCCACAACAACUCUUCCCGCUGUUUCGCGCCGCCAACUCAUCCCACACUGGUUCACUGACCGAGUUGGAGCUGGGCUCCGCUCUGGUGAAUGGUGAUUUCACCUCGUUUCACCCCAAGACGGUGAAGAUGAUGAUCCGCAUGUUUGACCGGAAUAGCAGUGGAACGAUCUCGUUCGACGAGUUUGUAUCGCUAUGGCGCUACCUAGCCGCAUGGCGGGAGCUUUUUGACCGAUUCGAUGUCGACCGUAGCGGGCGCAUCAGCCUCCAGGAAUUCGAGAACGCACUCCUCGCAUUCGGAUACCGACUAAGCCAGCCGUUUGUGACGGUGCUUUUCACCACAUUUGAGAGCAAGGGACGACAAAUGAAUGGUGGGCCUGCUCACCCCGGAAAGAUGGGAAUGAGCUUCGACCUGUUUGUGCAGGCGUGUAUCAGCUUGAGACGGAUGACGGACGUGUUCAAGCGGUAUGACGAUGACCGCGAUGGUUACAUUACUGUGAGCUUUGAGGAGUUCUUAACUG